GUGGAGCAGGAACAGACGGGGAGGCGCAGACUGAAACAGCACUGAAAACCGCUCCUUUGUUACUUUCAGCACUUUGUUUUUUAAGGAGCAUUAGCUGUAUUAUCCACAGCACUUUAUUGGCAUCGACAACGUACCUUAAGGACUCCAUUUUGAAGUUGAAACAGACUUCAAUUUCGAGUGAAGAAGCAAGUCUUGCCGGAUAGAGCCAUGCAUAAAGAGCGAAGUGCUGGUGUUUGUGCAAGUGAGGCCUCAGCCAAGCGCCUGUCCUGGAGCUCCCUGGUGCAGAAACUGAGCCACAGCCUGGACUCCGACUCCGAGGGCAACAGCAUUAGAGACGAUGUGUCGGACUCUGGUUCAAUAUCUCUGCCAGACUUGUCCACCCUUGAUGGUGAUAUGUUUUAUGACCCAAUGGAAGAGAGCCUCUGUAAGGAAGUGGUGCAGCUGAUUGCCCGCAGCCUGACUGAAGCAAAAGACUGCACUCUCCACUGCUCCAAGCUGCUCAUCCCUGAGAAACUUCUGGAGCACAUCGGCCAGGAGCUAGUACAUUUGGCCGCGAGUGAGCCGUGUGGCCUGCGGGGGGCGCUGAUUGACUUAUGUGUGGAGCAGGGGGACACCUACAAGUGUGCUGGGCAGAUAGCGGCCGACCCUUACCUUGUGCCCACCUUUCAGCUCACACUUGUACUCAGACUGGAGUCGGGAGGCAUUUGGCCUAAAAUCCAAGGCCUGUUUGCUACCAAGUCUUCAGCUCCAGUUGUGAAACAUGCCCUGAAACUAAGCACUGGCUUCAGGGUGAUCAAGAGGAAACUCUAUAGCUCUGAGGAGCUGCUUAUUGAAGAAUGUUGAACACAAAAGACAAACUCUGUCUCCUCUUCCUCCAGCGGCUGUCUUAUUCUCGGUGAAACUUGUCACUUUUUGGUGAUCCAAGAUGUUGCCAGCUGAGGACUUAAGUGACUGCCUUUUGAUAACUGACUGCCAGAGGCAAUAAACCUUGUAUUCUGUAAUGAAGUUGUAUUACAAUAGUGAAGAUAUUACCUGACAGCAGAUCUCCAUAUCCUGUCAUCACCAAGGUGUUUUAUACAAAAGAACUUGAGUACACUGUUUGUCAAAUUGACAAACAUGCCUGUAUUCAACGAUUGCUGUAUGUACAAGUUAUGGAUUACUGCAUUCAUAUGUUGCACUUCUUUUAGGCAGUUUUCUAACCUGACAGGUGCUGUUCUGUUGACUGCUUUGAAAUGUUUACCUCAGUUUCUGCGGAAACCUGCUGUGGCAGCUAUUUUGUCUUGGAAACUUGAUUUACUUGUUUCGUGGAAGAUUGUUUUUAACGUUUUAUUUAGUAAGUGCCAUUUUGUGAACAGAUGUUUUGGCCUUCAGUUAAAAAGGACCCAUGCCUUUUUUUUAUUUUUUUGCAUAUUUUUUAUUUUUCCAUGCAUAUUUUCCUGUGCAUAAUUAUUUAUUUGAUAUUCAAAUACUCUGUUACAUUUUGUACGUUCAUUUAAGAAAAUACAGAAAAUAAAUUUAUUUUUGAAGAAAUGC